ACACCGAGAUCGACUGGAAGGCCUACAUGGAGGAGGUGGAGGGGUUCGCCAACGGGACCCUCGACUACACCCAGCUGAAGGGCGACACUGGGCCACUGGUCUACCCCGCUGGCUUCGUCUAUCUCCUCCUCAACCUCCUCCUUGUCUUCCGCAUCUACUGCCGGACCAACAAGGUACCCCCAUACGUUUUCUUCUUCAUGUGCUGUGCCUCCUACCGCAUCCACUCCAUCUUUGUCCUGCGGCUCUUCAAUGACCCCGUUGCCAUGGCCAUCCUCUUCCUUGCCAUCAACCUCUUCCUGGAGGAGCGCUGGUCCUGGGGCUGCCUCCUCUUCAGCCUGGCUGUGUCUGUGAAGAUGAACAUCCUGCUCUUUGCACCUGGACUUCUCUUCCUCCUCCUCCAGCGGUUCGGUCUCCUGGGCUGUAUCCCCAAGCUCUGCAUCUGUGCCCUGCUCCAGGUGAUUCUGGGGCUGCCCUUCCUCCUGGUGAACCCCGUGGGUUACCUGACCCGCUCCUUCGACCUGGGCCGCCAGUUCCAGUUCAAAUGGACGGUGAACUGGCGCUUCCUCCCAGAAGAGGUUUUCCAGAAUCGGGCUUUCCACACUGCGCUGCUCCUGGCUCACUUGGCUGGUCUGGGGCUCUUUGCACUGCACCGGUGGCACAGGUCCAAAGAGAGCAUCCUGGCUCUGCUGAAGGAUCCUGCUGAAAGGAAACCACCGUUCCCUCCCUUGACCGUCAACAAGAUCGUCUUCGUCCUCUUCUCCUCCAACUUCCUGGGCAUCUGCUGCAGCCGCUCCCUGCACUACCAGUUCUACGUCUGGUACUUCCACACGCUGCCCUACUUACUCUGGUGCACCCCUACCGCCAAGCUCGCCCACAUGCCCAAGGUGCUGCUGCUGGGCGUGAUUGAGCUCUGCUGGAACACCUACCCCUCCACGGUCUGCAGCUCCCUGUCCCUCCACAUCUGCCACGGACUCGUCCUGCUCCAGCUCUGGUACGGCACGGCCCCCUCGCCAGCACCGCACACCCCCCCGCCGAGCAGGAGGCCUGCAGCCAUCUCCAAGAAGGCCCAGUGA